GUGGACACAUGUCUGCGCUCCCACCAUGAACGCGUCCGCAGCAUCGAGGACCAUAUGCCAUGAUAACAGAUCUUUAUUUUACGCACGUUUACGCAAACGCAAUAACUCACCACAAACGGAAUCAAAUGCUAUGAUUUAUGGCGAGGAUUGUUGAAAUGUGGAUAAAAUGAAAAUAAAUGGCAGCCGAUUGAUGAACAGUUCUUCACUGACCCCUUACGCGAUCACUCUGAAUCGCCCUCCGUGGGUGGCCACAACUUUGGGCAGCUUUUUGAUCUUCACUAUUGUGGUUGAUAUAUUGGGGAACCUCUUGGUCAUCGUCUCCGUCUACAGAAACAAGAAACUUAGAAACGCAGGAAAUUUUUUCGUAGUGAGCCUGGCGGUAGCUGAUCUGGUGGUAGCCGUGUACCCUUAUCCACUGGUGCUGGUAUCCAUUUUCCAUAAUGGAUGGAAUUUGGGAUUCGUCCACUGCCAAAUCAGUGGAUUUCUGAUGGGACUGAGCGUGAUUGGAUCUAUAUUUAACAUCACUGGCAUCGCCAUCAAUCGCUACUGCUACAUCUGCCACAGUCUCAAGUAUGACAAGCUAUACAGCGACAAGAACUCCCUAUGUUACGUCCUUCUAAUCUGGAUACUGACUGUGGUCGCGAUAGUGCCGAACUUUUAUGUAGGCUCCCUGCAGUAUGACCCCAGGGUUUACUCUUGUACGUUUGCGCAGUCGGCCAGUUCGGCGUACACCAUCGCCGUCGUGUUCUUUCAUUUCAUUCUUCCAAUCAUGAUUGUGACCUACUGCUACCUGAGAAUCUGGAUCUUGGUGAUUCAGGUGAGGAGGCGUGUCAAACCCGAGUUCAGGCCCAAGCUCACACCACAGGACGUGAGGAAUUUCAUCACCAUGUUUGUGGUGUUUGUUCUGUUUGCUGUGUGCUGGGCCCCACUUAAUUUCAUCGGUCUGGCGGUCGCCGUGGACCCCGGUCGGGUCGCGCCGCUGAUCCCAGAGUGGUUUUUUGUAUCUAGUUAUUUUAUGGCCUAUUUCAAUAGCUGCCUUAAUGCCAUAGUGUAUGGACUGCUGAACCAAAACUUUAGAAGAGAGUACAAAAAAAUUAUCAUCUCGCUCUGCACGGCACGAAUGUUCUUCCCGGAGAGUUCGAAUGACGCUGCGGAACGAAUUAGAAGCAAGCCAUCCCCUUUUAUGACAAACAACAACCAAGUAAAAGCAGACUCUGUAUGACAUCCCAAAUACGGGCACUGUGAGAAAAACAUACCAAAUAUCCAUCUCAGCUGCUUCCAGAGUAUUUAUAACAAAUGUUUGUAUCGUAUAUACAGGUGUACCUGUUGCUUUUAUAAAGGAUGCAUUACAAAUAGCGUGUUACAGUGUUUACAAGUUCACAAUGCAAAUGUUUUUAUUCAUACAUAUGUUAUCUGAUGAAGAACAAGGUGCCAAGUAAGCAGAUUGAGAAGUGCUCCACUGUUGAAUUUAGUGAUUUUUAUUCAUGUGCAGAGAGUGCUAAAUAUCGUUGCUGUCCUUCUGAAACCUGGGAUGUCCAAAUGCACUGUUUUUCAAGACAUGAAAAAUAAUUGUCAAAGUUGACAAGCACUGUUGAAUACUUUUUAGUUGGGAUGCACGAUAAAUUAUCGGCCAUAUCGGUAUCGGGCGAUAAAGGGUCAUUUUUAAUGUUAUCGUAUCGGCUGAUAAUAAAAUUUAGGCCGAUAUAUUAUUGCAGAUAAAUCAUAAAUCAUUUCCUCUGGUCAAACUUCUUCAGCUGCACGCUGCUCACAGUUAAAAUACAGUACAGUACUGUCUUUCUGUCGUGAUCAUUCACUUACUGCUAUUAGCAAAACAUUGUUGAUGUAGGUACAGUAUGUAGAUACAGUAUUUAUGAAUGUGUAAAUUAUAGUAACAAAAGCAUUUGUUUGAAUCAGACUACUGUCUGAAUGCUUUCUGUCUUGAGACCUGUUAGACACGUGCCUAUUUUUCUGGGUUGCUCUGGAAGAUUUUCUAUCAUUUGUUUAUUAAAUAAAAAAUACCAGAAAAGUCUGAAGGUUAAAGAAUCGUUAACUAGUGUAAAGUAGGAUUGGUACAUGAUUUUCAGGGAAAAACAGAGAACUAAUGGUUACCUUGUUUUCUGCAGUGAAUGUUUUCAAAUAAAAGCAGUUGUCCAAUUUUUGCCUUUUUUUCAGUCUUAGGGAAUUUUAUAUUAAUAUUUAGAUACAGUAUAUCGGCCAUAUAUCGGUUAACGGCUUCCAAUGUUAAAGAAUUAUCAGUUAAUUCUUUUCGGUGUAUCCCUACUUUUUGGGUAUUUUCAAAACCCACUGACAAACAUAAAGGGUGACUUAUGAUGAUUUAUGGCAAAAAAUUAAAAUCACGAAAAAUGGAUAUACACGGUUUCUGAAGGACAGCAGCGAUAUAUUUUAUGUUUUUUGGGUUUGAUUUAUUGGGUUUAUAUUAAAAUAUAUAUUUGCUUUUUCAAAGAUAAUGACAGUUCUCAUGACAGAUUUAGGUUUGAAUUAAAAUGUAAUUGUAUUUGAACAAAAGGGGAAAAUUCCCCAAAAACAUGUACAGUACCAUAACAGAAUUCUAUAAACCUGUCAAAAAUUAUUUAUAAAUGAUUUAUUUAAUCAUUAUGUAAUGCUAUUAUGUUAUAUGACAACAAGCAGUAUCUUAAGUCUAAUCUAAUGAUGAACAAAAAACAGAAGGCGCUGGAAACAACGUCCACAUUUCAUCAUAGACCAAGUUGAAAACACAGCUACCACUUGUACAUGUAUAUUCUUGUUUACAACAUAAACAGAUAAAACGGAACAAAUCUUG